ACUCCAGCUGCUUCUUUGGUUUCCUCUCUUGGCUCUUUACUGUUCAACCAGAAUCAAUAUGCAUAUCCCUUACCUUGCCACAGCGCUGGCACUCACCGGCUUAGUUGCAGCCACGCCAAUCGAACCACGUCAAGCAGCUCAGCUCAACCCAGCCAUCCGGGCCAGAGGCCGAAGCUACGUCGGGACCUCCCUCACAAUCCGCAAUGAUGCCACGGAGCAGGGAAUCAUUAAGAGUACAGAAUUUGGGUCUAUCACGCCGGAGAAUGCGAUGAAGUGGGACGCUACGGAGCCGAGUCAGGGAGCAUUUACUUUUAGUAGUGCAGAUGCUGUUGCGAACUUUGCGACAGCAAAUAACAAAGAGCUUCGCUGCCAUACACUGGUCUGGUAUAGUCAGCUACCCAGCUGGGUCAGCCAGAUCAACAACAACGCAACGUUGAUUAGUGUCAUGCAAAACCACAUCACAACACUCGUUACCAGGUACAAGGGUAAAUGUACACACUGGGACGUUGUCAACGAAGCACUCAACGAGGACGGGACCUAUAGAAACGACGUAUUCCUAAGGGUCAUUGGCGAAGCCUACAUCCCCAUGGCCUUCAAAAUGGCCGCUGCUGCCGACCCAAACGCUAAACUCUACUACAACGACUACAAUCUCGAGGACGGAGGCGCCAAACACGCUGGCGCUAUGAAGAUUGUUAAGCUCGUUCAAUCCUAUGGCGUGAAAAUCAACGGCGUCGGUUUCCAAGCUCACUUGGCAUCCGAGUCGACGGCGAGUGCAGGACCGUUGCCCAGCCUCGCAGUUUUGACCAAGUCGCUCCAAGAUGUUGCUAAUCUAGGGGUCGACGUCGCGUAUACUGAACUGGAUAUCAGGUGCACUUUACCGGCUACCAGUGCCAAGUUGGCGGUUGCUGCGACUGCUUGGGCCAGGGUUGCGCAGUCAUGCCUCAAUGUCAAACAAUGCGUUGGUAUCACCCUCUGGGGCGUUUCGGACAAGUACUCUUGGAUUCCGGGCAUUUUCAAAACAGAAGGGUCUGCCCUUUUGUGGGACGCGAAUUUUGCGAAGAAGCCUGCUUACACCUCGUUUUUGAACGUGUUGAAUGGACAGUCUGUUACUUCAAAGUGAUAAAUUGACACCUACGGCAGCUUGAGUGGGGAAGUUGGAUGCUUGGCUUCAGUUUGGGGGUAGAUGAAGAGCACCACGUCGCACGCGCGGAAUUCUUCACUGUCAUUCAUUUUGUAGAGAUAUUUUGUGAAAAGCCUCCCUUGGAAAUACAUUAUUUGGUUCUG